AUGCGAGCCAUCCUCUUCCUCGUUCUUCUCGUCGCCAUCUCGUGGACUCUUCUCGACGUCGUCGACUCGAAGGGCGUUCCGGCGAAGCGCGUCAAGAGACAGUACUACGGUGGAUACGGUGGAUACGGAUACGGAGGCGGCUGCAACUGCCCCACCUAUGCUCCAUGCCCGCACGGUGAGCAUAGGAUCAGAUGUUCCGCCGGCUAAACUUGAACUUACAGGCGGAUACUACGGUGGAUACGGUGGCGGAUAUGGCGGAUACGGUGGCUACGGCUACAAGAAAUAA